AUGGUUGAACGUGUAGUAGCUGCAGAUGAACACAAGACAGCCUGCUUGUUUCUUCGUGACUGGCAACUACUUGCUUUGCGGAGCUUCAUGGCUGGAAGCAGAUUGAUGAUAAACCGGUACAUGGCCGAAGAAGAUCAGAAACGGCCGGACAUCUGUAUAAGAGAUGGUAGGGCACAAAACAGGACGGGCGGUGGCUGGACUUGCAUGCAGAAAAGGAAGGUGACCGGUGGUGCUCCAUAUGGUCGUGCUCCUCUGGCCGGAAUCAAAGCAAGGGGUUCCAUGAAAGCCUACACGUCUUCACAGGAAAACUCCAGGUGGUGGCAAACUGCGCCUGUGACAUCGGGCUUGACGACUUCGGCGGAUCUGCAUCACGGGGGCAAUGGCAGUCAUGAGGAUAGAGAUCAGCAGAUUGGCGUUGAUAUAUUCAGCAUGCAAAUCACGUACAGGGGAGAGGAAGGAGCAUGUACGCUGGAUUGCUUGCCGACGGAAGCGAGACGUCCACGGACAGCUUGGCCGUGUCCGCCUUGGAGAUUGAUGAUGGUUCUGGAUGAAACACGGACGGCGGCAGGAGAGGUAGCUGCAGCAGAUGAAACUAUGGUGACCGACCACAGCUUUGACGGACGGCCGGACUCCACGCGCCCGUCGGCGACAACGAGGUCCACGGAUAAGAAGGCGGCAACAACGUGCAGCCGUACAGGAACGGCUUCAUGGCAGCUCGGAGAAGUCCUCUCGGAGAUGGCUUUUCCUCUAACUUCGAUGAUUUCGGCAAGAUCAUGUGGAGGCCGGUGA